UUGGCAAACAUAAAAAUGAAAAUUUAAGAACAAACCUAACUCAAUUGGGUAGUUGAGAGGACAUAAUACUCACGCCAAACCAUAUUCGACAUUUAUUUGAACCUCACGAAACAUAUAAAUGCCUUACACGACCAAAGAUAAAAAUUGGUAAAUUCAUUUUUCAACAAGGGAAUGGAAACUGUUAGCACUGAACCUGCAAAAUCAGAACUGGAUUCCAAUCAAGACUUGUUGGCUAAAGAUGAAGCAAAAGCUCAAGCUGUUGUUCUUCAAGAUGAUGGAGGUUUGAAAGACAGCUCAGAAGCAGAGCUCAAGAAAAUCAGUCUCAUGAGAACUCUUGUUGAAGCCCGCGACCCUUCUUCUAAGGAAGUAGAUGAUUUGAUGAUUAGAAGAUUCUUGAGAGCUCGUGAUUUAGAUGUAGAGAAAGCUUCAGCUAUGUUUCUCAAGUACUUGAAAUGGAAGCAUUCAUUUGUUCCAAAUGGGUCUGUUUCUCCUUCGGAGAUCUGUGAUGAUCUUGCACAGGAGAAGAUGUAUGUUCAAGGAGUGGAUAAAAAGGGUCGACCUAUAACUGUUGCAUUUGCUGCUAAACAUUUUCAAAACAAAAAUGGUUUGGAAGCAUUCAAAAGGUAUGUAGUUUUUGCGCUUGAGAAACUAUGUUCAAGGAUUCCAGCAGGGGAAGAAAAGUUUCUUUCUAUUGCAGAUAUUAAGGGAUGGGGAUAUGCCAACAGUGACCUUCGUGGAUACCUUAGUGCUCUAACCAUUUUGCAGGAUUAUUAUCCAGAGAGAUUGGGAAAAUUGUUCAUAGUUCAUGCUCCUUACAUGUUUAUGAAAGUAUGGAAACUUGUUUACCCUUUCAUUGAUGACAAUACCAAGAAGAAGAUAGUAUUUGUGGAGAACAAGAAGCUGAAAUCGACGUUGUUAGAAGAGAUUGAUGAGAGUCAGCUCCCAGAAAUAUAUGGAGGGAAACUUCAACUAGUUCCAAUACAGGAUUCAUGAUUAAAUUUAAUUAUCACAUGAGAAUGAAUAAGGAGAAGGCAACACAGAAGAUGAGAAUUGAGAAAUCAAACACCUUUUAUUAUGAACAGGUGAGAUCAGUGCAAGAUGAAGAACAUGAAAAAGAGGACAUGAGAAGAUUCAAUUAGAUCCAUUUAUUAUGUGUUUGUUAGGUAAAUUAGUAUAUAUUGGUGUUCUGUAAGUUACUGCAUCACUUUACAACUACAUGAUGACCUUGUUCUUUGUCUGCUAUAAAUUGCAGAAUCUAAUAAUCUAUUAAAUAUUUCUUUUCAGAAUUAAAGGAUAGCACAUAAUGAAGAAAUCCUUCACAAUUAUUUCUGAAAUG